AUGGAGGUCGCCACCCCCCGCCGACCUCACUACCAACUCGGCGCCCUUUCUGGCUUCAUCCCGCUCAAUGAAGAGCCCAACGCAAUGUCGACGCGCGGACAGCGCCUGCCGAGCCUGAUCCAGAGCCGGUCAACCACAUCUCUGCUCACCCUUCAGCGCCGACCGCUCACACGAAGGGGCUCCGUCACGAGCCACCAUUCGGACGAAGACGAGGAGCACCAGGAUCCGCAGCGAGAAAGCUUUGAGACUCUGAACGCCACAGGCAGAUGGCGGCCCAGCACGCCCUCGGAGACAGACCCGCGACGAAUGAGUGUCGGGCCCGAGAUCCUCAUGACGCCGCAGGUGCGCAGCAUGCGCCUGAUCGGGCAGAGCAACCCCCGAUACCACUGGCACCAGUACUUCAAGAGCGAGGACGAGCUGAAGAAGAUGAGGAAGCCCAUCCGGAAAUACUACGAGCGCAACAAUUUCUUGGUCACACAAUACAUAUACAUCGACAAGUUGCUGGACUCGUCGCUCCCGCAUAAUCUCAUCCAAGAGUACAGUCAUCCGCGCGCCCAAGGCACGAUGAUGAAUACCAUCUGUGAGGAACCCGCUUCUGGCAACAUCACCCCCGUGAUGGGACCGAAUGCCACCAACUCGCCCACAACAGAGCACAAGCUGAAGCGGACGCCGAAGAACCUGUACAAGCUUCCCAGUGAAGAGACGCCCCUGUUGGCAGACGACGUGGAAGCGAGCCUCGAUACAGCUCUUCCGGAAAUCAGCUUUGCAGACAUGGACGAGGGCGUCGACUCGAACGAGCCGAUCGUCACCGUGGCAAUUUACAUCAACCUUGCCGCCAAUAUCAUCCUGCUCGCAGGGAAGAUCGUGGUGAUAGUCCUGACCUCGUCGCUCUCGGUGCUCGCGUCGCUUGUCGAUGCGGCCUUGGAUUUUCUGUCCACCGCUAUCGUCUGGACUACUACGAAACUCAUCUCACGACAGGAUCAGUAUGCUUACCCCAUUGGCCGACGACGAUUGGAACCCGUCGGCGUCCUCGUUUUCAGUGUCAUCAUGAUCACCUCCUUCUUCCAAGUAGCCUUGGAAUGCUUCAACAGGUUGAUUUCCGGAGACCACAGCGUCGUGGAACUGGGCAUCCCCGCCAUCGCCAUCAUGCUGAGCACGGUCGCCGUCAAAGGAUUCUGCUGGUUCUGGUGCCGAUUGGUCAAAAACAGUUCCGUGCAAGCCCUGGCUCAAGACGCCGCCACCGACGUCGUCUUCAACAUCUUCUCCAUCGUUUUCCCCCUCGUGGGCUUUUACUUUAAGAUUUGGUGGCUGGACGCCCUGGGCGGGUUGUUCCUGUCCUUUUACGUCAUUUUCAACUGGACGACAACCAGCGUCGAGCACGUCCGCAAUUUGUGUGGUGUUUCCGCCACCGCGGACCAGCGCAACGUUUUGUUGUACCUCGCCAUGCGCUUCGCCAAACCCAUCCGCUACAUCCAGGGUCUGCAGGCGUACCACACGGGCGACAAGCUCAACGUCGAGGUCGACAUUGUCCUGGACGAGAACAUGAGUCUGCGGGACAGCCAUGACCUGAGCGAGAGUCUGCAGUAUGUCCUGGAGAGCGUGCCCGCGGUCGAUCGCGCGUUCGUCCACGCCGACUAUGCAGACUGGAACUUGCCCAGUCAUAUGAAUCAGCAGGGCUGA